AUGCCGCCCGCCCGCCCCGAGUACCUGCCGCCGUGGUGGGCGGCCUGGCUGCACGGACUCCCGCACCGCGGCCUGCGUCUGCAGCCCGUGCCCGCCGACUUCCGACCGCGGGACCCCGACUACCAGCAGUCGCUGCUUUUCCUGGGCUUGGUGGCCGCCGUCUGCCUCGGCCUCAACCUCUUCUUCCUUACCAUCUACCUGAUCUGCCUGUGCUGCUGCAAGAGGGACCAUGAGCCUGAGACCAAGCGACCCCACUCCUGCUGUGUCACCUGGAUGGCUGUCACCGCUGGGCUCAUCUGCUGCACAGCUGUUGGCGUCGGCUUCUACGGGAACAGUGAGACCAACGAUGGAGUGUACCAACUGCUGUAUGCCCUUGACCAUGCCAACCACACCCUGACUGGCAUCGACACGCUGGUUGCGGGCACCACACUGCAGAUGCAGGUGGGCUUGGAGCAGCACCUGGCACGGCUGAAUGAGCUCCUGGCCACACGGGGGGACUACCUGCAGACCCUCAAGUUCAUGCAGCAGUUGUCCAGCAGCAUUGUCCUCCAACUCUCAGGGCUGCCCAGCUGGCAGGGCACCAGUGCCAACCUCACCACGCUGGCCAGUGACAUUGCCUACGUCGAGUAUUACAGGUGGCUGGCUUACCUCCUCUUCUUCAUCCUCGUCCUCACCGUCUGCCUCCUGGCUUGCCUGGGGCUGGCCAAGCGCUCUCGCUGCCUCCUCACCACGAUGCUGUGUUGUGGGCUGCUGACCCUCAUCCUCAGUUGGGCUUCCAUGGCUCUGGACACAGCAGCAGCAGUGGGUACCAGUGACUUCUGUGUGGCCCCAGAUAAGUUCAUCAUGAAUGAGACAGAGAGUGAGAUCACUGCAGAGGUGGUUCGCUAUUACCUGUACUGUGAGCAGAGCCUGAGCAACCCCUUCCAGCAGGCUCUCACCGUCUUCCAGCGCUCGCUCACUACUAUGCAGAUCCAGGUCCAGGGCCUGAUACAGUUUGCUCUGCCCCUCUUCCCAACAGCUGAGAAAGACCUUCUGGGGGUCCAGCAGCUCCUCAACUCCUCAGAGACCAGCCUGCACCAGCUCACAGCCAUGCUGGACUGCCGGGGGCUGCACAAGGACUACCUGGAUGCUCUCAUUGGCAUCUGCUACGAUGGGGUGGAGGGUUUGCUCUACCUGAUCCUCUUCUCCUUGCUGGUGGCCGCCUGCUUCUCUGCCAUCAUCUGUGCCAUGCCACGCGCCUGGAAGCUCUUCACUGGCCGGGACCAGGACUAUGAUGACAUGGAUGAGGAAGACCCCUUCAACCCUCAGGCACGCCGCAUCGCCAGCCACAACCCGGCGCGGGGGCAGCUCCGCAGCUUCUGCAGCUACAGCAGCAGCCUGGGCAGCCAGAGCAGCCUGCACCCCCCAGCACAGACCAUCUCCAACGCCCCCGUUUCUGAGUACAUGAACCAGGCCGUGCUCUUCGGGGGGAACCCGCGCUACGAGAACGUGCCCCUGAUCGGCAGAGGCUCUCCUCCUCCCACGUACUCCCCGAGCAUGCGAGCCACCUACCUGUCUGUCACCGAUGAGCAGAUCAGGCAGCACGGCACCGAGUUCCCAGCCUAA